AUGCAGGGCUCGGCGCGGCGGCGGCCGUUCCCGGCGGCGGCUCCGGGCUCCCCGCAGCCCUCCGGGCCGAUCUACGCGGGCAGGCAUGGGGCAGCAAAGAACGAGGACACCUCCAAGACCUCCCCGUUCCACCUCGACCUCUGGUUCUACUUCACACUGCAGAACUGGGUGCUGGACUUCGGCCGUCCCAUCGCCAUGAUAAUCCUGCCGCUGGAGUGGUUUCCCCUGAACAAACCGAGUGCUGGAGAUUAUUUCCACAUGGCUUACAAUGUUAUAACACCGUUUCUUCUGCUAAAGCUCAUUGAGCGCUCCCCAAAGACGCUGCCACGAUCCAUGGUGUACGUCAGCAUCAUCACGUUUGUGAUGGGCGCCAGCAUCCACCUGGUGGGCGACUCCGUCAACCACCGCCUCAUCUUCAGCGGCUACCAGCACCACCUGUCCGUCAGGGAGAACCCCAUCAUCAGGAACCUGAAGCCAGAGACGCUGAUUGAUUCCUUUGAGCUGCUGUAUUACUACGACGAGUAUUUGGGUCACUCGAUGUGGUACAUCCCCUUCUUCCUGAUCCUCUUCAUAUACUUCACCGGCUGCUUCACACCCGACGAGGAUGAGAGCAGGAUGCCAAUAUCUGCACUGCUGCUGACGGGGCCGAGCAGCCUCUAUUACUGGUACCUCGUGACCGAGGGGCAGAUCUUCAUCCUCUACAUCUUUACUUUCUUCGCCAUGAUGGCUUUGGUGAUGCACCAGAAGCGCAAAGGGCUGGUGUUGGACAGCAACGGGCUCUUCCUCUUCUACUCGUUCAUCAUCACCUUGGUUCUGAUUGCUGUGUGGGUGGUGUGGCUGUGGAACGACAAAACCCUCAGGAAGAAAUACCCCGGGGUGAUUUACAUCCCCGAGCCGUGGGCUUUUUACACCCUGCACAUGAGCAACCUCCAGGCGGCGAAGGAGAGUUUAUAGGUUUUGAUAUUUGGGAGCGAAUCAAAGGGAAAAAAAAAUAAAUAAAAAAAAUAAAAUCUAGUUUUUCUAAUGUA